AUGGCACGAAGGAGUGCUCCCUGGUUCUCCCCUGAUUGUUUUCACGGAUUAACAGAUGUGCUUGGCUUGAAGAAACUGAUUCAUUUCUUGAUGGAAAGAAAAACCCCUUUCCGCUUUUCACUCAUUUUUUUAUCUGUAGGAUUUUCCCUGACAGCUGACCAAAUGUUUGCAAGCAUGAAUAUCAGCACUGUUUCUUUGGCAGAUCAGAGGCAUGAUGGAGAUGUGAAGACAAUCCCAAAUUUUAAAUCAAAACCAACCCCACAGGGCAUCAACUAUAAUCUCAUGAAAAAAGGAAAUCUAGAGAGAAAACCUUGGAAGACCUUCAGUCCCAGACAUCUCAUUCCCAUUAAUGUCUCAAUCAAUGGAUCUCCUUGCAUUCUUUUCUGGGCUAAGAGAAUAACAAUUAAAUUUAAAAAUCAGCCUUUGUUGGACCUCACAGAUAAAACAUUUGGAAAAGAAGCAAGAGUGGAUGUUGGCAAUUCAAACUGCAGUGAAGAACAUGCCAUGCUUUCCCUGAAAUUUGGUGAUAUUGACAAUCUAAAAGGACUUGACAUCAGAUUCAUCUUAGUCAACUAUAAUAGAUUGUCUGUUCAGAGCUGGUUUAGUUUACAUAGAGUUCAGAUUCUUUAUAAUAAUUCGAUCCAAGCAACUUUUAAGGCAACUCGAAUUCAUGCUCCAUCAAAGUACUCCUAUCACUGUCAGCAUGUCAGCAGUAUGCAGAGAUAUGAUGCGCUUUUGGUGCCCAGCUCCGCAAAUGACAUCUCAAGGCUAUGGGAAGUCACUUUUAUUGAUUUCCAGAUUCAAGGUUUUAAUGUCCAGCAGGGCCAGUUUUCUUAUGCCAGGGACUGUGCCUCGUUCUUCUCCCCGGCCAUUCUGAUGGGCCUGGCUAUGUCCCUGAUCCUGCUGCUGGUGCUCGCGUAUGCCCUACACAUGCUGAUCCACCUGAAAUCCCUCGACAGGCACUACGACCACAAAGCAUCGCCCCCCUACUUUGUGCCCAUGAAAGACCUCGAGGUGGCUGCCGGAGAGAAGGAGCCAUUGCGGAGCCAUGGGCACGACUGCCAUGAACUGAGAAGCCCACACAUCUGCAACAUUUAUGUAUAGUAAUUCUCCUCUUCCUCCACCUCCUACAGCUUGUGGGCUUGGUUUUUGCUGUUUUGUGUAAUUUUACUUGCAAAUUAGUCAAAGGUUUGCACAGGAUGACUUGAUUUUAAUGGAAAAGAAGAGAAAAGGAAAGGAAAAAAAAAAAGAAAUUCCUGUUUUUUCUGCUUAGUUAUAAAUGCCCUUUGAGUCUUGAAGGAGGCUUCUUCCGGAAAAGAGAUCAUGUGGUCCAAAGCUUGCGUUGAAGCCACAGAAAGUGAACACACCAUUACCAGUCUAGAAUGAAAAAGGACAUUCGAGUCCAGCCUCUUCAUUUAUACAUGAGAAAACUGUGCAGGGAUUUGUCCAAGACUGGAUAGCUAUUAAAGGGGAUAGUUGGAAUUUGGACAUAAGUUUUUGGCCUCCAUAUAUUUCCACUAAAAUAUAUUUUAAAGAACCUCAAAAAGGUACCAGAAAGGAGGAAGCCAUGUAGAAUGGGGACUGUUCUCGUCUUCUCAACAGUCCAUUUAGAAAAAGCUUUGAAAUCGCCAUCGACAUCUAUAGAGAAGAUGACUUCAGAAUCUAUCAGAGUGUUUUAUUCUGCUUUUCUUGACCAUUUGACAUUGGAUGUGCUAUUCAGGGCCAGCUCUAUAGCAAAAUUAUGAAAUGAGGACAUUUAUUUGACACCUCUAAUGUCUUCCAUAAAGCCCCUUCUCCUUUCUUGCUUCUACCUAUGUCCUACAUGCAGAUCUAUUCUGUGUCCCCCUCUUGAUAAUCCUAUCAAUCCAAUCAAUUCCUUCAUAGGAUUUUUUUUUUUUUUUUUUACAUUUUAAUAAGAGAUUCUUAGAAAACCCCAAAGUCUUCAAAUCUCAAAGACCAUAUGAAUUAAGCUAUGCUGGUGGGAACAGGUGGUGGAUUUGAUAUUUCUCAAUAGUGGUCAAAGGCAUUCUUUACCUUUUAUCUCCUCAAAUAAAUUGCCUACUAUAAGACUGGACCUUCCGCUAUUUAUCUUGGCUGAGACAUUCUGGGUUCUUGUUAUAUCACUCUAUAAAAAGUUUUCAUUGUCUUUUACAUGUUUCAGACACAGAUGAGGGAAAUUAACCAGUGAUUAUGUAGAAAUAUGGGUUUGAACGUCUCCAAAUCUCCCAUGCAAUUAGUAGGCUUUUUCCUUGCCUAACUGAGCUAGGAAUUUUACAAUACAUGAAUAAGCUUGAUUCAAAACUUCCAGAUGGAUAAAACUAAACUGAUGUAGGAUUGUUGUUGAAGGUUUAGGGUCUGGGGUGGGGGCAAGAAUUUUCUCUGUGAUGCCAUGAGGGAAUGAAAUAUUAUAAUAUUUAUAUUAUAUUAUAUAUUAAAUUAUAAUAUAUAAUAAUAUAAUGUGUGCUCCUGGACUAGAAAGGAUCAUGAAAACUGAAGGAAAUUUUUAUUAAAGAUUACAUCAGAAAGCUAAAGUAUUACUUCAUCUCUUUGGCCAAUUAUAGUUUUUUAAUGUGCAUUUAAUUUUUUAACCACUCCAUACCUUUUAUGAUAAUUAAAUAUAGUCAAAAUAAACAAAUUUACAUGUUACUGAGGUCCAUAUAAUGUAUGUCUCAUUCUGCAUAUUUAUUACCUCACUGUUAAGGCUUAGUUCUCUGGAAUCAUGGCUGAUCAUUUAAUUAAACAGAGUUUUUGAGUCUUUCAAAAUGGUUCAUUUUCACAAUGUUAAUAUCAUGGUAUAAAUUGUUCUCCUGAUUUUGCUCAUCUCAUUCUGUAUCAGUUACUACACAUCUUCCCAGGCUUCUCUGAAAUAGUCUUUUUCAUCAUUUCAAAUAGUAUUCUGUUAUAUUCAUGAAUCAUCAUUU